AUGCCUCUCGACACACUAUUUUCAAGCCCUGCGUCCUCUAUCUCGCGACGAAGUUCUAUCUUAUCGCGUUUCACUGCCCCCUUAGCCAACCGAAACCGCAAUAUCGCCGAAUUCUAUGUCGAACCGGAUAAUCCGUGGAAGUCGUAUUUUCCAGGCGAGACGAUCAAGGGCUGCGUUGUUCUGACAGUUGCGAAACCUCUUGCAAUCACCCAUUUGGUCGUCUGUCUACACGGCCAUGCGCGGGUUUACAAAAAUCAGGUUGUGCCUGGCGAUGGCUUAGCAGCGUCCGGCUUCCUUGGACCAGGCCGUGGAAGACGAGGUGUCGAAUACCUCGGCAACGGCUUCGCUUCGCUUUUCGAAGAUGAGGCUGUUCUAUGUGGCGAAGGACUUCUGAAGAAAGGAGUAUAUAAGUUUAAGUUUGAACUGGAUUUUCCACCUGGAGGACUACCCAGCAGCAUUGACUUUGAGCGAGGCACCGUCUCCUAUUUCGUUACGGCAACCUUGACACGGCCAACAACUAUAGCGCCAACGCUUUCUUGCGAUCGCCGAGUAUUUUUUCAAGACUCAAUAGAUGUAGGCCACAUUCCUCUCCCAACACCUCGAACAAUCUCUCUAGAACCGAUAAGCAAACGAAGUAGAGUCAAAGCCAGGGUCAAGCAGACAUCUCUGGAUAAGGUCCGAGAAUCCUCCUCUUCUCGUGCAAUGAAACGCACAGAAACAGAGCACACUCAGCUCUCAGAUCCUUCAUCAGUAGAUCGACCUCCACUCAGUCCGGCCCCCAGCGAUCUGAGCUCUUCAAGCGCCAUUACUACUAGCUCGCAAAGCUUCCAGAUUGUGAAUGACUCUCCACCGACUACAGGUGCAAGUCUUGGAAACAGUGAGACAAAAAGCAGCAGCACAUCCAUGUCCGGGAAAGCCAUCACUGCCAGCACCGAACUUCUGAAAGCCGGAGCGCUGCCUGGGGAUACUAUUCCCCUGAAGAUCACUAUCAACCACACCAAGCCGAACGUGCGCGGCCUUGUAAUUGUGACCUUGUACCGACAGGGAAGAAUCGACAUGCAUCCUCCCAUCCCGCUCACAUCAAGAAACAAGGGUAAAAGAUCUGAGUAUGAGGAUGUUUAUCCGAAGUCCAGAACUGGGCUUGGCGGGCUGCAUUUCUCUAAUAGCUCACCAAGUAGUAUAUUUCGCAAGGACUUAUGCCAGACUUCCGCAAUGAUGGUCGUCAAUCCCCACACGUUGACAGCUAACGUUAGGGCAUCAAUCAGAAUUCCUGAAGAUGCGUUUCCUACCAUGGCCAAUGUUCCCGGUAGCAUGAUCGAGUUCAAAUAUUACAUCGAGAUCGUGAUAGACUUGUGUGGAAAAUUGGGUGAAUCAAGGUUUCUUCCACGAAUUUCGUUAACUUCGCCACCACAGAGUUUCAUCAGCACCAAUGGUGAUUCUGGGCUUCAAGUGACCUCACACUGGGCAGAUAACAUUCUUGACACGGCGCAGCUGAGACGGGGGAAGAACAUUGUGGUCUGCCUGUUUGAGAUCACCAUAGGAUCGACAGACUCCACAAGAGCUUCCAAGAAGUGGAACGGCGUGAGACGAGCAGAGAGCCAACGGUCAAGCAAUAUGGCCGAAACAGACCCGUCUCCGGCCGAGGCAGAAUAUCAUAUGGAGAAUGGAUACUACAGUGAGCAACAUGGCUACGGUGGAUGGAACGAAGACCAGGGACAUUGGACAGAGACUCAGCUGCCUGUCCCGCGAUUUGUUCCGCCUCCGGAACCCGAGGAGGAAGUGGACGAGAAGACCAGGUUAAGGCGGCAGGAGGCAUUACUACUCCCUAGCCAACCUCCAGAAGAGGGCGGUUUUUCUGCGGCUGGAGACGCCGCAGCUCCCUCGGCUCCCUUCAUACCUGAGGAAGACGGUCUGUAUGAAGAUUACGGUGUGCACGAUGGCUUGGAACAAUCAUAUCCGGAACGUGUUACCCCUUCGGCAACUUCAGCUCGAUCGGUCGAUACCAUAGUACCUUCCUACUUCAAUUCUCCUCCAGCAGUCAACGGAUACCACGAUGAUCCUACGGCAGACGACAAGCAAGAGCUUGAGCGGCAGCGUUUGAUGACAGAAGCCAGUGCGCCUCCAGCGGAUGAUGAUGACGAGGGCACUGCUGGGCCUUCUGUGGCAGUCGAUGCGGCAACUGCACCAGUCGUGACAGAAGAAGACGAAUACAAUGCACAUACACUUUGUAACGAUCAUGUAGCCGGUGACAAUCUACCACGAUAUCGACGAUGA